AUGGAUGUCUUGUACCUAUACCUUCCUCUGGUCUUGUUAGUUUUCUAUAUCAUCACCCGAUAUUUCCUCCACAAGCUCCAAAAUCUUCCUCCGAGUCCUUUUCUAACCCUGCCAUUAAUUGGUCAUCUCUACCUAUUGAAGAAACCUUUCCACCAAACACUAUCCAAAAUAUCGUACCAACAUGGUCCAGUAGUUUUCCUCUGGUUUGGCUCCCUCCCCAUCCUUAUUGUCUCCUCCCCAUCUGCUGCUGAAGAAUGCUUCACCAAGAACGACAUUGUCUUCGCCAACCGCCCUCCCCUUCUCAUCGGAAAAUACCUUGGUUACAACCACACCAGCCUUGCUUGGGCCCCAUAUGGUGACCACUGGCGAAACCUCCGUCGAAUUGCUUCCCUUGAAGUCUUAUCCUCCCAUCGCCUGCAGACACUCUCCCACAUCCGCCUUGAGGAGGUCAGGACAUUGAUCUGCCAACUCUUUCGAGUCUCAACCGAGAGUCCGGAUAGGACAGUGGAUAUGAAAUCAGCCUUAUUUGAACUCACGUUUAAUGUCAUGACAAGAAUGAUUACAGGUAAAAGGUAUUAUGGUGAGAAUGUAGAGAACUCGGAAGAAGCUAAGAGGUUUCAAGAGCUAUUAGCCGAGAUGACUAGGGUGUUACCCGAGUCACAAUUAUUAGAUUUCUUGCCUUGGAUGCGCUGGUUUGGAUUCAGAAAAGUUGAGGAGAAUUUGAUAGUGAUACACGAGAAGAGAGAUAAGUUCAUGCAGAAUUUAAUAGAAGAGUAUCGCGGAAUGGAGACUAAAAGUCUUUCUGCUGCUGAUAGAGGGAGGAAGAAGACAAUAAUUGAAGUUUUAUUGUCUCUCCAUCAAGAAGAACCUGAAUACUAUACAGAUGACAUCAUCAGAAGCCUAAUGCUGGUACUACUGCAAGCAGGAACUGAGACUACAGCUGGUACUAUGGAGUGGGCAUUUUCUUUUUUGCUCAACAAUCCAGAAGUUUUGAAGAAGGCACAAGCUGAAAUUGACCUCUGUGUGGGACAAGACCGUCUGAUUGAUGACUUUGAUGUAGCCAAACUUCCUUAUCUUGGCUGCAUCAUCAACGAGACAUUAAGAAUGCAGCCAGCAGCCCCUCUUCUGAUACCUCACAACUCAUCAGACGAGUGCAUGGUAGGAGGUUUUCGCAUUCCACGUGGAACCAUACUAUUGGUGAACGCAUGGGCCAUACAACAUGAUCCUAAGAUAUGGGUCGACCCCAAGAAGUUCAAGCCUGAGAGAUUUGAAGGUUUAGAAGGGACUACAGACGGAUUCAAGUUGAUGCCUUUUGGGUCAGGGAGGAGGGGAUGUCCUGGGGAGAGCUUGGCCCGUCGUGUACUUGGAUUGGCUUUGGGGUCGUUAAUUCAGUGCUUUGAUUGGGAAAAUGUUCGUGAGGAGUUGAUUGACAUGAGUGAAGACAUCGGAUUCUUAACAUCCAAGGCUCAACCCUUGAUGGCUAAAUGUUGUCUCCGUCCUACCAUGGUGAACCUUGUCUCGAAUUUGAACCAAAUUUAAAACCAUUGAAGGUCUCUUCCUAGAGAAUAAAGAGCUGGGAGGAUUAUUCUUGCCAACUGGCAUAUGUGAAGUGUUUUCGUCGCAGUUUUUCAAUAUGUAUCCUGUGGGAUUAUUUUCUUAGUUCUGAAUUUUCUCAGAAGAGACUCGGUCUUCCACGAAGGCUCUGUACUUAUUGACUUCAACUGCUCUCUUCGAACUGGCG